AUGCGCGGUCCGUUACGAGUAGCUCCCAGCCGCGGACAUAGCCCAACCCCUGAUGCAUCUACGGGUUGGUCGAGUUUGGACGUGUAUACGCCGCAAGAUCUCCCGGAGAGCGUGGCGGGGGAUGUGUUCAACAAGGGCGUCAAAGCAGUAGCCGCAGUGGUCAAGGGAUUUUCGCGCAAAUUCUCCGUCGUGGGCUGGCUUGCCGAGAGGCGAGAGGAGUCGCUACUAGAGAUGAUGCGUCUAGACGCUACGCCUCCGCAGGACGAGCCUUGCACCCUGUGUCGCAUGGCGGGCAAAUCAGGCCCUGUGCUCGAUGCGGAUGGAGACGAGGAAGAGGGUCGCGAAGGAGAGAGGGAGGAUGGUGAUCAGGACGCGACGGACGAAGAGGUGGAAGCAGCGGAAGUUCGGGGAGGAGUGGCAGCUCCGAGAGGAGACAUACAAAGCUGCGGGGGACGGACGGACGGCGGCGCGGAUGGCGCGACUGCUUCCGGAGGGCGUCAGUCUCGGGCUGCGUCAGCGCAGACUGGAGCGAGCGUGAUGUGCAGGCCAGGCAGGGCCGAGUUUCGCUGUGAGGACUGUCGCUUUGCCGUGCUUUGUCAAACCUGUGUGGCGAGGUCGCAUUUCAUGACGCCGUUCCAUAGGAUAGAGAAAGUCAACGGACCCUUUUGGGAGCGCGUACAACGCAAGGAAGACAUCGGCAUCAGCGUGCAACUGGGCCACGACGCCGGCGAGGAAUGUUUCAUGCCCAAGAUCGUCCGUAACUUCUCUGUCAUGCAUACGAAUGGGAUCCAUCGCAUGACGGUGAAGUUCUGUCGCUGUCGUACUGGGGAACACUUGGACGAAUACACACAACUACUGCGCGCACGGCUAUGGCCAGCGACCAUCGACGAGCCGCUCACGGCGACGACAUUCGAAGCGAUGGACGACUUCUCUAGGCUGUCACUGUUGGGGCGCUUGAGCGCCUACGACUACUACAAAGCUAUGCGAGCGUGCACGGAUGCAGUGGGAUUACUCAACAUCUUGCCCCUCCUGAAACAGUUCACGCGCGGCGCUCGUCAAUUUCAACACAUCUUCCUGUUCAAACGGGCGGGUCGGGCGUAUGAGGGCGGUAUCUACAGCACUCCAUCGGGCGCCUGUGCCAUUGAGUGCCCAGGUUGCGCGCGAGAUGGAGUUAAUGUGAAAGACGGAUACCGAAGCGAGCCCAAUGCCUGGGUGCACGACCGCCACAUAUGCGUCGACGCGAACUUCCGACUAGCAAAUAAGCUCAAUGCGUCUACCGACCAGACAGAUCCCAGUCUGACGGAUGGUAGGGCAUACGUCGUCGCCUCCCAGGAGUUCAAGCAGUACUGCGAUGAGAUGGAAAAGGAUACUACGAGGGAGAAGCCGAGCGAUUGCUCGCGUUUCGGUGCCAUGGAGUUUGCGAAUUCAAAGGGUGGACGAUACAUGAGGAGCACUGGGGUGGCUGGGGUGUUCUGCGCGCGCCACGACAUGUUAUUACCGCAGGCGAUGGGGCAGCUGAAAGUCGGGGAGCGCUACAGCGUUGUCGACUUCUGCGUAGCGAACGCGCAUCGCUACAUCAAUGUAGAGUGCGUCGUGAUCUCAUACGACAUCGCCUGUCAAUGGUCGAAGAACUUGAUCAAGCGCAUGAAGGCAGUGGAUCCCAAGUUCACCACCAUGUACGAAGGAGCGCGGAGCGUCUUGUCUAAGACACUCGACUUUGUGGUCCCCAAAUUUCACCUCUUUGCGCACAAGGUGAAAUGUUGGUUUAGCCGCUUCAACUUGGCGUACCUGCCGUUUGUGGGCCAGACAGACGGCGAGGGUUGCGAGCGAUUUUGGGCAGGAGCCAACCCGGCGGUCAACAGUGUGCGGGAGAUGGGUCCGGGCUCGGUGCGCGACCAUUUCGACAGUAUGUGGGAUUCGUGGAAUUUCCGGAAGGUCUGCGAGAUGGGAGCGGCAACUCUGAAGAAGCUCACGCACGCCUUGGAGCAGGCCGAAUCUCAAGCUGCAGAGUACAACGCUCUGCGGGCAGUGUUGCGAGCGGAGGAUGCGAAGAGGGUGGAUGCCAGGGAAAGGGCUGCCGAGCGGUGGGAAGCUGCGGGUCGGGUCGAGAAGGACUGCCCUUAUCAGAUUAAAGCGCCGGACGUUUCGCUCUCGCAACUGAAGCGGGCCGUUGCGCAAGAGGAUGCGCGCAAGGUGGCGCCCGUUGCUCCGCCAGACACACGCGCGAGCGAGCUUGCUGAUGGCGAACCGGCGUCGGCAGAGGGGUGCGAGUGCGAGGGUAGCAGCUGCGAUUGUAAGGAUUCGGCUACGUGCAGCGAGCGUGACUGCCACGAUGUCACAGGCGAGGAGACGGUGCAGAGUGGUGUUGGGAGCCUGGCGGAGCUAACGUCGCAAUCGGCCAACAGCUUCGACGAGGUAGCCGCCGGGGAAAUGUUGCGCUGGUUGCUAGUAGGGGUGAAUAUCGAGGACACUAGACGGCGACUCGCCGCGCAUCUACCGGAUGACGAUGGCGCCGUCAGCACGGUCCUUGCGGGGGAGGAGACCCUGUUGGAAUCACUCCAACAGUUUCGCAGGGAGCAGGAGCGCUUCAUGCCGGAGACAUUCCACAACCUCACGCCCGAGGAGCGAACGCCCGAGCUAGGCAAAGUCCACAGCGUCGCGCUACACUUGCCUUCCCAGCUCGGCAAGAAGGAUGCCCCUGCUCCCAAGCCGGUCGCUGAGAUGGAGGCCCGCGUGCGACUCGCUAAUAUGCAUGGCGCGCUCGAGGAGCUCAAGCGCUUCCUUCACCUGCGCGUACAGUUCAACAAGUUCAAGAUCCGACAAAUCACCGGCCAACAUAUGAAUACCACUGCGCGCGCGGCCCAGGAGACGACGGAAAAGCGGAUUACUGGGGCUGCUGCGAAGUAUAGACGUCAUCGCGAGGCCUACCUAGCGUUGGUUGGACCGGAUCCGAAAGGGUGGGAGGUGAAGUGGAAGGUGCUGCUACCGAGCGACUGCGUCGGCCUGGGCGAUGCUGCAAUCAAAGCGUUGGAGUCGAUGGAACGCGGGGUGGCGGCAAAGGCGUUGCGAGAUCACAGCAAGGGUACACGGAAGAAGCUUGGGGAGGUGAAGGGGAAGAAGAAGAGCUCCGGAACGAGCACCGCGCACGUCUCUUGGAUCUGGUAUAACGCCGGCGAUCUCGGCGAGGGGCUCGAACUCACGGAAGAUCUUUUAGUCGAGCUGCUCAAAGCGCGCGCGCGAGCACAGAGGUGGAUUGAACAAGUUAUACGCUUACUGGCGGAGUCCGAUCGCUUGAUCGAGACGGAUUUACACGACGCCAAGAUGUGGGAGGACCGGGCAGAGAAAUGGGCGCAGGUGAAAGCAGAGGACUUCAACAUGCGACGGCCAGCGGAGGAGGCGGGCAAGCCGGAUGCGCCUUUGGACCGGCUAAGUAUCUACGACGGUGAUCAAGUCCUGAUGGCGGGGCUGCGUGCGUACGCUUACAAGCAAGCUCACUACCGUCGGCUGCGUGCCAAGGCGAAUAUGGCCCUUCGGGAGACGAAGCGUAGGGUGGCGGAAAGAUUUCUGAAGAAGUACGGCGUCGAUGGGCUGCUACUGAAUCGCGAGCCAGACCCGCCGCUAGAUACCGACUCUGAGCCACCGUCAGAUGGCGAGCCCGACGUUUGA